AUGAGUUAUCAAAAUCCUUAUGAAUCUGGGAACCCCUACUCUGAUGCCUAUGAGAUGCGGGGGUACAAUAACCAGGAUGGGGGCUCCAACGGUAAUAACUUUAGAGGGCAAGGUUUGGAGUCGUCUGGUGGAGGUAACGAUUUUGUUCAGUUUAUGAAUGGUAUUAGCGGUAUUAAUGCGCAACUCGACAAGUAUUCUCAGUUGAUCAAUCAGAUAGACGUUUUCCAGAAGCGGUUGCUAACGGAAGUCAAUGAGGAGCAGGAGAUCCAAUUGCGAAAGCAGUUGGAUGUGUUUGCGUCGCAAGCUUCGGAUUUACAAUACCAGUUGAAAGAUGAAAUCAAGAAUGCGCAACGACAGGCUCUAGGUGACUCAUCGAAGGAAGCCCAGGCUGAGAAUUCGAGACAGAGGUUUUUGAAGUUAAUCCAAGACUACAGGAUCACUGAAGCUAAUUAUAGAGAGGAGAACAAAGAUCAGGCCAAGAGGCAAUAUAAAGUGAUUCAGCCAGAGGCCACUGACGACGAAGUUGAGGCUGCCAUCAGUGAUGUCGGAGGCCAGCAGAUUUUCUCACAGGCCUUAUUGAAUGCCAACAGACGUGGAGAAGCGAAGACAGCUUUAGCAGAAGUGCAGGCCCGCCACCAAGAGUUGCUGAAGUUAGAAAAGACUAUGGCAGAAUUGACCCAGCUAUUCAACGAUAUGGAACACUUGGUCAUUGAGCAACAAGAACAAAUCGAGGUAAUCGAUAAACAAGUAGAGGAAGCUCAACAGGAUGUUGAACAAGGUGUCGGACAUACUAAUAAAGCGGUCAAGAGUGCGAGAAGAGCCAGAAAGAACAAGAUUAGAUGUAUCUUAAUUUUGAUUGUUGUAUUCAUCAUUGUGGUCGUUGCAGUCGUGGUUCCACUUGUAACCAGAUCUCGUUGA